AUGGCAAAGAAAAUAUCGAAACAUAGUAGAGCUGCUAGAAGAGGAUUAAUAGAUACAGACACCAGUAAUGAAGCUAAAUCAUUAGAAUCAAUUCCUAGAGAGAAAAGUGAUGUCAAAAAAUCAAUUAUUAGAACAACCAUCAAGAAUGAAAAUUUAUUGAAUAAAAAACUUGAAUUAUCAAAAAUAAAAAAAUCAACUACUAAAAAGAAAACAUCAGCAUUAAAACAUAAACUUGAAAGAUCCGAUAAAAUCAGUGGGAUAUUAGCUACUAAAAUCGAUCAAAGUAUAGCAAGAGCAAAAUAUGUUCAAAAUGCUCGUAAGUCAGGAUGGGAUAAAACCAAUCAGAGUAUAACUUUGGAAAACCAUUUAGCUCAAGAGUUGAAAUCUGCUAGUGGUCUUGGUGAUGAAGAAGAAAAGAAGAAAGAAUUGACACAAGAAGAACUUGAUAAAAUUGAAGAAGAUGAAUAUGUAAAGAGUAUUUUUGCAAAGAAAGAAGAACAAAAGGAGGAGGAAGAAGAAGAAGAAGAAGAAGAAACUCCAAAUAAAUCAUUGGCAAAUAACAGAUUUGCUUUGUUAGAUGAUAUUGAGGAUUAG